UCGGAGGAGAGUAAAAUCGUCGAAAUGCUUCCAAAAAAGGAGUUGACAUUGGAUUGGAGCGUGGGAAAUGAGGGCGUGGCUAAUGCUAGUUCUGAUGAUGAUAGCUCUGACGACGAGUGUUGGAUCACUUUCAUGCCAGGCGUGGACGAUUCAAGCUCGUCGAUCGCUGAGGAGUCAAAGAGUUCGGAUAAAGCAGAGCAACCGUCGAACGGAGAUGGUGGAAGAGAGACAGCGAAUGAGAGAGAAAGAGAGCAAACAGAUGAGACGACUACAACAACCAAUGUCACACCUCUGCACUUCAUGUAUAUCCAGAUGGAGUUCUGCGAGAAAAGUACAUUAAG